GUUCGUUCCGCGUCACAACAAACAUGGCGUCGGGAGGGAAAACGCCAAAUAUCCUCUAGAACUGCGUGUUUUUAUAAAGAUAUUUUCUCAAUAACAGGUCACAUUUCAUCGCCCAGUUUUCGGGAUGGAGUCAGGUAUAUUUCCAGAGGAGAUGUCGGAGAGGAAAGUGUCCGUUGUCGGGUCGGAGCUGGUGGAAAACUACACUGUCUACAUCAUUGAGUUGAUGGUUGGAGACCACAGAUGGACUGUGAAGCACCGCUACAGUGAUUUCCAUGACCUCCAUGAGAAGCUAACAGCAGAAAAGAAGGUUGACCGACACCUUCUUCCUCCCAAAAAGAUUUUGGGAAAGAACUCAAAGAGUCUGGUGGAGCGGCGGCAGAAGGAGCUGGAGCUCUACUUGCAGACAUUGCUGCAGCAGUUUCCACAGGCCACACCCACUCCACUUGCCUGCUUCCUUCACUUUCACCUUUAUGAAAUCAAUGGAAUCACAGCAGCACUGGCUGAGGAGUUAUUCCAUAAAGGUGAGCAGCUGCUGCAGGCUGGUGAGGUGUUUUCACUGAGUCCUCUGCAGCUUUACUCCGUCUCCCAGCAGCUUCGUCUGGCCAAACCAACCUGCUGUAAUGGAGAUGCCAAAACUGACCUUGGGCACAUUCUUGACUUCACUUGCAGGCUGCGAUACUUGAAGAUCUCUGGUGCUAGGGAUCCUGUGGGAACCAGUAACAUCCAAGAGAGCAGUCUCCCCUUUGACCUGUCUGUUUUCAAAUCACUGCUUCAAAUAGAGAUCAGUGAAUGCUGCUCUCAGCAGAUUCAAGGUUUGCCAUCUCUGAGGUCGAGUCUGUCAACGAUGAAUAUCCACCGGUCCACAGAAACUAUGAUGUCAAUCCUGGUCCCAGAGGCGAGUGAAUUCUCACAGUGGGAGCCUGAGGGGGCAGAUCCUGCCUGUCCUGUCACCGCUAUUAUCCCCAUGUGGAGAAACCUGACCACACUGGACAUGAGUCACAACUGCAUCAGCACCAUCGACAGCUCAGUGAAACUAAUUCGUGAAGUUGAGUUCCUGGAUCUGAGUUACAACCAGCUGUCCUCAGUGGAAAACCUCCAGCACCUGUACAACCUGGUCCAUGUGGAUCUGUCCUACAACAGCCUGCGGGUCCUUGAGGCUGCUCACACCCGUCUGGGCAACAUAAAAACCUUAAACCUGGCUGGAAACCAGCUGAACCAACUGACUGGCCUCACCAAGCUUUAUUCUCUGGUCAACCUGGACCUCAGCCACAACCAGUUGGCACAGUUGGAGGAGAUCAAGAACAUUGGCUCCCUGCCCUGUCUGGAGAAGCUUAACCUGUCUAAUAACCCCAUGUGCAUCAUCCCAGACUACAGAACCAAAGUCCUUGCCCAGUUUGGAGAGCGUGCAGCGGAGGUCUGUCUCGACAGUAAUGUGACGACAGAGAAGGAGCUGGACACAGUGGAAGUGCUGAAAGCCAUUCAGAAAGCCAAAGAAGUCAAAGACAGAAUGAGCAGCAGCGAAAAGAAGAUCAGUGAGGAGACCAAGCUGUCUGCUGCUGCACCUCCUCAUCUCUCCUCCUCCUUUCCUCCUCCUUCCUCAUGCUGCUCCUCUGCUUUCGCUCCUCCCGCUGUCACCUCCCUUGCUGUCACCUCCCUCUCCUCUUCCUCAUCUUCCUCCUCCUCUUCUUACUGUUCGGCCCAGCAGGCUACCUGCCCCAGCCAAGAAGUGACGAGCAGAGAAGAAGCCGCAAUUUCCCCCACUGUUCUCCUUCCUGUGGAUGCUGUACCUCCCCCUGAAAGCUUAAACACCAACACACACCUCCUGUCGGCUGAACAUGACCAGAGACGACAACCUGCUGUCUGUUUGUCUGAACACACACACUGUGGAGCUCCCUCCAGUAUCACUACAACUUGCACUGCUGCUGCCACUAUGGCUACUACUGUUUGCUGCGUCUGCUCCUCUUCUACCUCCCAAUCAAUUGAAACUACUUGUUCAGCAUGCAGCGCCACCUGGUGUCCUCUACUUCCUUCUCACCCGCUCUCACUCUCCUCCUCCAACAAGGACGUCAUUGCUCAUCUCCACCAGUAUCUCAAUUCCACCCUGAAGGAGGAGGAGAGGAAGAAAAAGGAGCAGGAGGCGAGGAAAGAUGAGAGGGUGUCUGAAUCCAGAGAGGUUCAGUCACAUAUGGAGGGCACAGAGGUGGGCAGUCCCAGUCCAGCCUCUGGGGAUGGGUACUUUGAGAUGGGUCUGGAUGACGCUGUCUGCACCUCCUCUACAUCUUUUGCUCCUCCUGCUGUUGAGGAUUUAUGUGUUGAUGACGAGGAGGAGGUGCACAUUAGCAGGAUUCUGUGGUGCUACUGCCUUCAGGUCGAGAAAGAUGUGGAGCAGAAGGAGGCAUGUCUCAUCCUGACAGACCAACAUUUGGGUCUACUGCACCCAUCUAAUUGUGAUACACAGACUUUUCAGGAUACGGACCAGGAGCAGAAUCUGCUUUCGAAGGAGUUACUGUCAGGCCUGCAGAUGAACUUCCUGAUUCCAUACUCCCAGCUCCUGCUAUUCUCUCGAGGUGAGCUUCCUGACUGUUGCCUUGCCUUUGGGCUGCAGUCUGGUUCAGCCUGCUGGUACAUCUUUUCUGAGGCAGAGGAGCUUCGGCAGAUAAGAAUGGAACUGAUUCAAGCUGCAGGGUCUCACACUCCCCCCGGCCCCUCGACUACUCCUCAGCUCCUCCCCCGUUCGCUCAUAAACUCUUGGGAGUUGGAGGAGAGUCAGGGAGCUCAGGGAGGCUACCCUGUCCACCUCCUACCCUCCUCCUCCUCCUACCCUGUCCCAGACACUCAUUCCCACCUGUGGGACAUCUUGCCCCAGGAAGAAGAACCCAACCUGCCUGCUCUCCUGUUCCUCACCCAGCGACAGCUCUGGGUGCUUAAAAUGGACUUUAGAGAGCUGGCAGAAAGACAAAAGAGCAAUGCUGACUUCCAUCACUCUUCUUUCUGGUGCAGAUUAAUUCAUGUGCCCCUCAGCUCUGUGGUGCUUGAUCCCAGAGAGAGAGUCCCUCAUAUCAUGGACAAAACCAGCAACAUAUCCUGUACAGGCCCACAACACCAAAAGAGGAGGACUCACACUUUGGAGCUACUGCUUGGAAAUCAGAGGAUACUGCUGCUCUUCCCUCUGUUCCAAGAUAGAAGCUCUUUCUUGAAUGAGCUGAGUCAGCGGAGAGUGUCCCUCGAGGGCCUAAAGAUGUUGGCCCUGCCCCGAACCUGCAGGACUUGUCCACACCAUGGAGAACAUACACAAGGCUGUUACAGAUUCAGAGACCACUGUUGUUGUAUCACUACCAAGAAAUCACAUAACUCCAGCAGCUUUGACUCCUCUCUUCUCCAGCUGGAAGAGAAUCAGCCAUCCCCUCACCUCAUUCCAGGUCUCUCCCCAGGACUGAAGCUACUGGCUGGGCUCAGAGAAAAGGAGCUUCUGACCUUCUUCCACAGAUAUAUAGCACUGUCUGAGGCAGAGGAGAUGAGACAGGUCCUGUGGCUGUCUGUGGUUCUCUACACAUCUCCAGGGGCUGAGCUCACCUGCUGUCUGCUGCUCUCCACUGAUGCUAUCUAUUUCUUGUUGGAAGACUCUGCCUCUACAUUUGGUCAUCACUCACUGUUGGACAUAACUGAAAGUGGAGAUCCAGGCGUGUGUCUUUGCUGCUGUCUGUCCAUCAGACUAUCUGAGCUGCUGUCAGUGAAUGUGGGUCUGUUUGACCAGUACUUCAGAGUUGUCGGACAUUCAGCCGAUCACAUUGUGUGCUGUCUCAGUAGGGACAGUUAUGGAACAGGCAUCUUUCUACAGGAGCUGAUGUCUGUUCUCAGUCUGCAGCAGCAACUUCCUCCUCCAGAGCCAUCAGAUCAGGAUUUUUACUCCCAGUUCACCAACACAAACACGGGUAAAAUGCAGAACUACGAGCUUGUCCACAGUAGCAGGGUGAAGUUUAUUUACCCCAGUGAGGAAGAGAUGGGAGACUUGACCUUCAUUGUGGCAGAAAGGAAAACUCUGGCCACCACAGCAUCCUCGUCAUCACGCUCCUUUAAUGUCCUGCUGUACCUGCUGGUUUUUCAGGUCCAGAUUCCCCCCCAAGGCUCCACCCUUCCAGGACUCCCCUCUGCCUCAAGCUCACCCUCAUCUCCUGUGCUUCAGCCCAGGACCCUGAUCCUGACCAGCACUGAUGUGUUCCUAUUGGACGAGGACUACAUCAGCUAUCCUCUGCCUGACUUUGCCAAAGAACCUCCCUCCAGAGAGCGGUACCAACUGCGCGAGGCUCGGAGAAUCCGGGACCUGGACCGGGUCCUGCUGGGAUAUCAGACGUACCCUCAGGCUCUCACUCUGGUGUUCGAUGACCUGCCCGGCCCUGACUUGCUCUGCCACCUCACCAUGGACCAUUUUGCUGCUGGAGGAGAAGAAGCCCUGCCCAGAUGUGGUGGAGCCAGCGGAGGGGCAGAGGGUGAGGUCCAGUGGUGUGUCUUUGUCCCAGGAGCAGACAGCAGAGAGAGGCUGAUUUCACUACUUGCUCGCCAAUGGGAGGCUCUCUGCAGCCGGGAACUUCCUGUGGAGCUCACUGGCUGAGUGGUCAGCAGGGAGAGCACACUGAUCGGUGACCUUUUUAUCACUUUGGUGUCUGGUGGGAGCCGAUUGGCAGGUGUAGUCAUCACUUGGCUCGGAUCAUUGACACAUGGAUUCACUGGGAACACAUUUUUUUAUUAAGUGGUUUGAACAGUCAAAUAAUUGUUCAACUCUGACACUAGAAGGCAGAAGCCUGCUGAGUCAAGGUGCAAAGGAUCAUUCAGGGGGAGAUAAGGAAGCCAAUCUUCGGACAUACUACCACACACGGGGCCAGUUACAACAUAUAGACAGGAUGAGAUUUAAACAGCUUUCUGUGGAGACCAGGCUUUAAAAAGCACAAGGAAUUCUACAAAGUGUGGUGAUAAACAUAAUAUCAGCUUCAUCUUUCAGGUGCAAGUCAUAAAUCUUAAAAAAAAAAAGUCCAACAUUAAGGCCUCAGUCAGAACAUUUUCACAAGUUGAGUAGUAGUAGUACAAUAAAACGGCAUAAUUAGACUAUGUUUCUACACUAUCAGUGUAGAAACACUAGUGAGGAAUCGGUUUAUCAAAUGAAUGUGUCUGCCUCCGUUUGUCAGUAUGAGGCAGUAUUCAGUUUACCUAUUGCAUCACAUACUAAAACAGCUUUUAAGCCAGGGGCCUGGGAACUGUGGAGCAUGUACAGAGUACCUGGGUCAGAUUGGUAUUGUAUACAUGCAGUAGUAAUUUGACUCCCAACCACAACCAAAGUUUCACUUGGAUUAACAUUUUUACAUGUGUGUUAUUAUAAUUAGGUUACAGUGUGACUCAAAUGAAUAAGUUCGUAAGACUUGUUUAUGUCAUGGGUCAAUCAAAUGAUCAAAUGGUUUACAUUUUUAGAUAUUCUCCUUGUACUGAUUCGUGUCCGUCACAGAAAAAAAAGAGGGAUAGAAGCACCCAACACGACCAGACUGCCAGUACAGAUAGAAGGAUGAGAGGGACCUAUGUUCUCACAAGGAGCAGAAAUACAAGUUUUGGAGGCCUCCAAGAAACUGCAAGAUUGUGCCACAACCUCGUCUUUAAGUUGUCUCACUCCAAGCAGAUUUCUUUAUUCACUGGGUGACUUGACAGACAGACAGACAGACAGACAGAUGGGAAUUACACAGAAGGGGGAGCUGCAGACAGCUCACAGGAGUGGAACUGGAUUUUAUUUAUUGUUGUUUAUCAUUUCCUGGUAAAUCCUCUUGUCCUGGUUUUUUCUCCAGCCUUGUGCAUCCAGUACAGAGAUCCAGGAAGUUUUGCACAAAUACUGGAGUCAGGGAGACAUGGUCCGUUUGAAAGUGUGUGUGUGUGUAUGGCAAUUAGCAAUUAGCAAUAGCAAUUCCAAAGCUAUUUAAUUUACAAGUUAUUUAUAUUAAAUUAAUCUUAAAACCAAAAAUCACAUUUGUGUGUUUACAUGUUACAUGUGUUUAGUCUGAAACAAGAGACGAGAGGAUAUACCAAAAUGUUAGAUUAGAUGUUAGACUUAUGUUCAACAACACACACACGCACACUGCUUGGCAUAAUCUGCUUUCAGAACAUUUUAUUUUUUGCACAUUGUAAUUACAGCAGUAUUCCUGAAAUACUUUCUGAAAGUUUUUGCUAAUAUUAUAUGAAUAACAAUGCUGCUUUGGGAUUUUUUUUUCCCCUCCUGAAGCAGAUUUUGUACUUAUCGUAAAGGUCCUGAUAUUUCCAAUAUGAACUCUGAAAUUUAGUAUUAUCACCAACUAUUAUUUUUUUGUGUUUUGUGUUGCAUCACAUUUUUCACACCUUAUUGAUAAAUGGGAAGCGAGCCACUGUUGGACCUCCCCCACUCUUCUCUUCUGUUUAUGUUACAUGAUGUGGCCUUGGUAAAGGGUAAUUCCACUGAAUUAAAGUAAAAAUGAACACUCCCAAUGUUACAUGAAUUUGAUUUGGCAAUAGUUUAAUACUUUUCAUCACAACCACUGUUAAGCUGAUGCAGCAGGAACAAUACGAAAGAAAACAUAACACAGUAAUAGUCACUCAUUGGUUUCUGGGGAAUGCCAACAAACUGACCAAUACAGUAACUUCGAACUGUAAAACUGAAACAUAAUGUAGGAAGUCUGAGUAUCAAGCUAACUAACCUGAGAGUCUGGUAAAGCCUGUCUGAUUUUAACUUGAUUUUCAUCAAGUUUCCAGAUCAUGGAUUUUAAAUGUGUGAGUAAUCUCUGAUAGAAAAAUUGUAAUAAAGGAGAAUUAUUCUUACAGACCCUA